GUAGUAUGCGCCCAUAACUAACCAACAGCCAACUCGGAAGGUCCUAACCUAGGGUUUCGACUCUUGACCCCUCUUGCUGUCUCCACCAUUUCCGAUCUAUACGCUGACCAUGUACGCCAAUCUAUCCUUGUCUUGCUGGGUGCUCCUGCGCUUCAUCCACCGGGUCUUCCCUUACUUUGCCCACCAUUCGAUUUUAUCACCGGUUAGGCUUGAGUUUGGUGGGGGAGAUGGUGAACCCAUCGCUGCCUCAGACAUCCUCUCGGGGCAGUGUAAGCAUAUCAAGGCGAUGAGUAGCCACUGUCAUGCGUGCCACCUUUUUCUAAGAGUAUCUAGUUCGUUAGCCAGGUCGUGCGAGUUUGAUGUACGCAAGAUGGAUUUGGCAGGAAGUUUCGUUUCUGUGCCUAGGCAUAGGUAAUCGUGUAGCUUAGCGCAGCAGCGUGCACUGGAUAGGCAGAAGCUGGGCGAAUACAAUCCUCAACAGUCCCAUUCUUGCGAUGUUAAGGGUUUGCG